AAUUAUCUGCAGUCGCUCGCAGGACAUCGUCGCGUUCGGACAUGUUCGCCUAAAGAAGCUUCGCUCUGGAGUUGGCACACUCUCUCUGUUUAGCUCUCUCUGUCUGUCUGUCUGUCUUUCUCUCCCCGUUGUGUUGGCAAAGCUUUCGUCUCGCUUGCAACGCGUUCGUUCGUGUUCGUUCGUGUUCGCUAGCGUUCGCUUGUGUGGGUACGUUGUUGUAGUGAAUGUGCUUGCGUGUGUGUGUGUGUGUGUGUGCUUUGUCGCACACUGUUUGUUGUUGCUCGCUGGACAAAAGCUGACGCUCUGCCGCAGCGACGCCAACGAGAGCAGCGGCAGCGAAGACGCGCUCGCCGCUAAAACGUCCCAAGUAGUCGCGUACUUCCGCCGUUACCGUUAGCACCACACACAAAACGGAGCUGCUAACCGCUCGCUAGACUACAAACGCCGCCAAAAACAUAAAAAAAAAAAAAUAAAACACCGCUUUUUACCGUUAUUAGCCGUCGCGGCCAUUCUAACUAACUUCGAAAAAACAACAAAAACAAAUACAACAAAAAAUAUCAAGAAAUACAAAACAAAACAAAAUCAAAAAUAUAUAUAUAUAUAUAUAUAUAUAUACACACUUUGUGCAAUUUUUUUCAAGUGUCUCGGCGUGUGUUAUCUAUAAAAAAAAAGAAAAACAAAAAAUUAUAAUAAUAAUAUAAAAUCCAAUUGGUAACACAUACAGCAGCCCGCAAAAAGAAAGAAAAACCAAUUGGAUUUCCUCUUUUCUAUAUACAAAUGAAGCCGCGUGCGUUUGUGACAGCAAAAGCAACAACAACAACAACAGAAACAACAACAACAACAACAAAACUGCCAAACAAACAAAAAAUCCUUUAAGCCGAAAGAAGAGCCCUUGCGUGGAAAAGGUUCCUAUACUCUAAAAAAGAUUUCAAAUCGCAGAUCACAAAAGUCAUAAAGUAAAAUAAAAACAAAGUGACAAGUGUAUCAUACUUACUAAUACAUACUUACAACAUUUUUUUUUUUAUCGAAAAUGGCAGCCCUAGAGAAGCCCCGAAAAACCAAACUCAAGCUGUCCGAUUAGAAAAAGUUCGAAAAGCUAAAGAUUUCCAUUAGUGAAUGUGUGAUUUUUUUUUUUAAAACCAAAAAACAAGACCCGUGCAAUAUUAAUAAAUAUAUAUAUAUAGAGAAAGAGAGAGAGAGAAAGGUGUAGACCUAAAUCGAAACAAAAAAAAAGAAAAAACAAUAACUUAGAAAACUUUAAAAAAGAAACAAAGCUUUCCAAUUGGAAGUUGACAUCCCAGUUGGAAUCGGGAGAUCGGCAGGACAUUGCCCUUCGCUGGGUUUGUGUGCCUGUGUCUGCGAAGUUUUGAAACACCUUCGGAAACUGGAAACAAAAAUGAGAAUUAAAAUGCCCGCGGUUCGAAUUGCACAAGAUUCCGACUCCACAGAGAACGAUGCCGUGGCCACACAGGACAUCCUCACGUGCGGCGCCUGCCAGAAGGCGUUCGCCCUAUCGGACAUUGUCAAGUUCAUCCAGCACAAGGUGCUGCAGUGCAACAAGGAGAACUAUGGUCAGUGUGCCACUCAGAAUCCACAAAUGGAUCGCGAUGCGGAGGAAGGACGUCCGCUUAGCCUUGUCAAUCGCCGCCCCUCGAUCUCCGCCCCAAUUUCCGGUCGCAAAUCUGCACCAGCGUCAGCAGCAGCAGCAGCCGUUGCAGCAGCAGCGGCAGCAGCAGCAGCGGCGGCGGCGGCAGCAGCCAGUAGCACGGCUAGCGGUUCGAGGAUACACACACCACCACCGAGUCCGGCGGACCUUUUGGCCGACGGAGCCAGCAGUACGCCGAAGCGUUUAGUAGAUGAAAACGACAAUACCACGCCCAAGGACAGUGAGACGGGCGCCACCACCCUCGAUUCAAAUGCCGCCCCCUCCAGCCCGGCUGCCAUUGAGCGCCAAUCCUCGGGCGACAGUAGCUGUGAAAUGGAGGAGCAGGAUCAGCGGGAGGAUCAGCAGGCCAAGGUUAAGCAAGAGCCCUACGAGGAGGAAGGUGUAAAUCACCAUCAUCGUCAGGAUGAUGAUGAUGAUGAGGAGGAGCACGAGGAGGAGAGGUCACUGGCCAAGCGGCCCAAAAUGGAGCUGGUCGAUGCCGAGGCCAAUACAGUCCACACAGAACCCAGCAACUACACAUGCUCCACGUGCAAAACCCGCUACACCUCCGCUUGGCGCCUCAUCCAGCACGUCCAGCAUUCGCAUGGAGUGAAAAUCUAUGUGGAGAGUCCCGGUGGUGGUGCCACUUUAACAGUGGCCACACCCGCUGCCCUUAACAACAGUGCUCUGGCCUUGGCUGCCGCUGCCGCCGCUGCAGCUUCCGCUUCUGGCUUGGCAAGUCCACAGCCAGCGGUUAGCCCAAAUCCCACAGCAACGACGGCGGGCAAGAGAAGCAGUCCGGUGGCAGCCGGUACGGCCAUUCUGUCCACAUCGGUUAGCUCAGUUUGCUCCAAUUCGCUGGUGAAUACCAGCGGUGGCAGCAUUAGCAACAGCAGCAGCAUUGGCUCACCGCAACAGCAGCAGCAGCAACAGUUGCAGCUGCAACAGCAACAACAGCAGGCACAGCAGCAACAGCAACGCGUACAGCAGCAACAGCGAGAGAAUCUGGCUUCGGCCAUGGCCGCUGGCAUGCGUCAUCAUCCAUUGCUGCCGCCGCCAGAGGCGAUGCAUGCCAAUCCCUUCCAGCUGCUGCGAAUGCCACUACCACCAGCUUUGGCCCAGGCCGGAAAUGUAGUUCCUACCGUGGCGCCACUCUUUGGACGCCCCUCGCCCGCCGAUCACUACCGCAUGGAGCAGCUGGUCAGCGAGCAGUUCCGCCACCAUGGCUUUAAUCUGGCUGCCGCCGCUGCCGCUGCUCAGGCCCAAUUCAAUGCCAAUGGUCAGGUUGUGGGUGGAGUCGUCCCUGGAUCGGGUGAGCAACGUCCCCCGUCUUCUAGUAGCAGUAGCAGCCAAAGGGGCUCGGUACCUCCGGCUGCACUGCCGCCACCAUCUCUCAGCUCUCAGCAGCAACAACAGCAGCAGCAACAGCAACAACAAGCUGUGCAACAGCAGCAACAGCAACAGGCUGCACAGCAGCAACAUCAGACAGCACAACAGCAACAGCAAUCGGUGCAGCAAUCCCAACAGCAACAGCAGAUCACUACCGGUCUGGUUGGAGGAGCUGGUGGAUCCCUGAAGCUGGAACCACAGCAGAUGGAUUUUUACUCGCAGCGAUUGCGUCAGCUUGCGGGCACAACAAGCCCUGGAGCUGGCAGCACUGUUAACUCGAGCUCGCCGAGUCCUCGACAGAAGCAAUCGCCGCAUUUCGCGAGCCCAUCGCCCUCGCAGCAGCAACAGCAGCAGCAACAGCAACUGGCAACAAUCCCGCGACCCCAUUCUCUAACACCCCCAGAGAAACUGGGUGAUGGUAGCUCCGAAAAUGGCAGCUUGGGCUUAAUCCUGGCCAGCACACCACGUUCGGCGAGCACACCACCAUCGAAAACGGGCGAUGUGCUGUUGCAGGAACCGGCAAAUUGCUUCGCUUGCAGUUACUGUGACAAGAAGUUCCGAUUCGAGAACAACCUGAUCAUUCACCAGAGAACACACACUGGUGAGAAGCCCUACAAGUGCACAGCCUGCGAUUUUGAGUGCUCGCACAUCCAGAAGCUGAUGAAGCACAUGCGAGUGCACCGCAGUCCGGCGGAUGAGCAGGAUAACCAGGACAAUCAGGACGAUGGCAGCAAUGCCGAUUCGCUGGAAACCAAUGAGGCCGACAACGACGAGGAUCCCAAUCCUGAUGAGUCGGAAGAGGAGUUGGGCGAUGGCGAUAACGAUCCUGAUGGCGAUGGUGAUCUCGAUGGUGAGGAUGAGGACGAGGAUGAGCUGGAGGAGUGCGAAGAUAUGGACUACAAGGCGGAGGAUCUCAGUGUGAGCAAUCGCAUCGACGGCAAAAGCCAGAGUCCUAAGACAACAAGCUCGGGAGCUACUUCGCUGGUGGGUGAACUGAUGGAUAAGUUCGGUCUGUCCAACAUUGCCCAGUACAGUGAGGCCUAUAAGCAGGCACUGCAGGAAUCUGGACGCAAGGAGGCAGCCGCCGCCGCCGCAGCAGCUGCUGCAGCAGCGGACAAUAAUAAUCGGGGAGCUGGUGCUCCUUUGGGUGACAAGCUAAAUGGUCUGCCCGUGGCCGCACUACGCCUAAGGGAUGAGUUUGCGAAGAACUGCAACAUGUUCCAGCAGCCUCAGGAUGGUGGUGCACCCUCGCAGGUCCCACUAUUCAAUCCCUUCCCCAAUCCCUUCGAACUGAGUAAGCGCAUGAAGAUGGACGGUGGCGAUUGGUGGGGAAUGUCACAAGCACUCCACCGUAAUGAGGCAUUGUUUGAGAACCUCAAGCUGAAGCCUCUGGGCUUGGGAGGUGCCAACUCGCUGAUCCAAGGACCGCUGCUCAAGAAGGAGAGUCGCCAGCGCAACGACACCUGCGAAUUCUGCGGCAAGGUGUUCAAGAACUGUUCGAAUCUUACGGUUCACCGAAGAAGUCACACCGGCGAAAAGCCUUACAAGUGUGAACUCUGCUCCUACGCCUGCGCCCAGAGCUCCAAGCUGACGCGUCACAUGAAGACCCAUGGACGAACUGGCAAGGAUGUGUACCGUUGCCGUUUCUGUGACAUGCCCUUCAGUGUUCCCUCGACGCUAGAGAAGCAUAUGCGCAAGUGUGUGGUCAAUCAGGGUAAGGCGGCGGCAGCUGCGAAUGCAGUGGCGGCCGCUCAGGCUGCCCAGGCUGCCGCCCAGCAUAUCCAGGCUGCUGCCCAGCAGGCGCAAGCGGUACAGGCUCAGGCGGUACAAGCGCAAGCGGUACAACAGUCCCAGCAGCAGCAACAACAACUGUCGCCGAUGGGUGUUGUUGGCUAUCCACCGCAGUUCGUCAGCGGUCACAAUCUCUCACUGCCGGGCAGCGUGAGUGGCGAUAAUGACUCCAAUGCCUCCUCUAGCAUGACCGGCAUCCAUCCCAUAUCGCUUAAGGAGGAGGCAUGACUUUUCAGUGGUUUUCCCGUGCCGCUGGCGCCACCACCGCCACUGCAGCAGCAACCGCAUCAGCAUCAGCAGCCGCAGCCGCAGCAACAGCAGCAGCAGCAGCAGCAGACCAGUCGCAGUCGCAUAAUGUCGCGCAUCUUCUAAAGGUGUCAAAAAAGAAACAAAAACAACAAAAAAAAACCAAGGCCCCCUUUGUAAAUAUGACUUUUUUGAAAAAAGAACCCCAUCCAGCUCCUUCCAGGCGACGAAAAAAAAACGACCAGAGGCAUUUAAUACCAAAGCAAUAACCGUUAUGUAAUAUAAUUUUAAAGAUUCGAACUUUUUUUUUUUUUAUUGAAACAAAAACACACACAAACAACA